UCUACACGUGGGAGUGUGAUCCGACUUCACUCACCGCGCUCGGCUGUUUGCCCCUGAUGAUCCGGUCAAGCACUCAAUCUCAUUCACCGGAUCUUGGACCAGGCCGUCCUUUCCCGAUCCAGACCUGAGCGUGUUACUUGUAGUACUGACUAGUACUAGUAGUGUGCGCACCUGCUCAGAUUCUAAAUUUAUCCUAGCCCAGAGUGUGCGUGGAGUCGACGGGAAAGAGCCGUGCUGAACCCCGGAUCGCUGACCAGACUGGUAUCCUGGACCUGGACCGUACAGCGUGAAUAGAAGGAACGUUCACCUGCAGGGGCAAGAGUCAAGGCAGGAUCAGAAAAAAAUUACCGGCCAGUUAGUAGUUGAGAGUCAAGUCCCAAAACUGCUGCGAGGCACUCUUUGUCCGAAAGAUGAGCGCGAAUGGUGCACUGCAAGUUUUGUGUUCUUUCAUGGACUGAUUUCUCGUUGAGGACAGGCCCUGGACCCAUUCCUAGCGUACGAGUCCUUCGGUCCUUGGUCGGGUAGUGUGUCAUAUCGGUAGUCUCGUGCAUCGUCCGCUCCAACUGCUUAUCGUGAACCACUAUGCUGUGGGCUGCUCGAUGGGCGAGCAGGCAGCAGCAGCGAAGCCGGACGCCGCACCAUCUCUGGCUUUCUGGCCGGGCGGACACCAUGCUGUGGACGAGCUGGCCGACGCAUCGGAGAGUUCUUCUGGUGCUAGGUCUCGCCAUAGUGAUCGUCGCCCAGCCUGGUUGGGCCGUUUCGGCUACUGAUACAAGCGCCAAGAGCGGUAGUGCCACGACGAACCCCUCAGCGGCCAGCAGUGAUCUGCCCGCGCCCUCACUUAUAACUUCUGAUUGGGAUAAGAGCGGUGCAAGUAGCAGCAGCCGAUCGACCGAUGUGCAAGGUGUAGGUGUAUCGACCGCCGGGGACACAACCGCCUAUCCUCCGUGCUUGCCCGUACCCGGAAUAUCCAACUUCGUCUGCACGGGUGACAUAGACAAUUGUGUUGUAGUCUUUGUGUCAGACCCCAGUCGGAUCUUCUACCGCUUUCACUGCGAAGAGCAGGUCAACAUUUCGGUGACUAGCGAGAUGCCUUUCAAGCCAUUCAUUCGAGAAUUCACAAUAACUAUGUCCAGAACCCUGGGAAGUGUCACUAAGAAAACAUUUGAUGAGCUGGAUAAUCUGGAAGUCCUGCGACUAACGGACGACAUAAUUGAAGCAUUUGAUGACAACGCCUUAGAGGACCUAACUUGGCUAAGUCUGCUGUCUCUCACAAACACGUAUCUGCCUUCACGGCAUCUGCCCAAUGUGAGCGGGCUUCGGUACCUUCAAGAGCUGGUGGCAACAAAUUCUGGCAUCACCAAGAUUGCGCCGGGAACGUUCCUCAACAUGCCCAGCCUGAAGAGAAUUGAUCUGUCGGACAAUUCCCUCACCCAUCUCGACCCGGACGCAUUCGAGGGCGCGUGUGAUCUUCUGACACUGACUCUGAACAAUAACCGGAUAUCAUCCAUUGACCCGUAUGCCUUCGCUCAUCUGGAUGAUCUAGAUAGCUUAUUUCUGUCUGGCAACCCGUUCACAGAGCUCCCCGACAGCCUGAUCGGGUUUGAAAACUUGCGCAUGCUGGAGCUUCGAGAAACGCCGGACCUGAAGGUGCUGCCGAAGAAGCUCUACCAGCUUCGGCACCUCGAAGCAGCGAGUAUGUACUACGAGUCGCACUGCUGUCUCUUCAACAAGCCUUUUGACGAGGAGAACAAUGACAUCGCCAGGAACCUGACGGCCUACCAAGUAUACACUCAGAACGACUGCAGGUCGUACACGCAGACGACCGUUCCGCCGACGGUGGGACGCAACGCCACCGCCGCCACCACCACGGCCGCGGGGCCGGUCACCACCGAGGAAAACCUGUUCUGUCAGCUGGCACCUUUUCACCCUCAUUGUCAGAACCUAGGACGACGGCGGAAGCGCAGGGACGCGGACGGCUUUCAGCCGGCGUGUCACGACCGGAACAGCGACGGCGAUGACCUGACCGGCCUGCGCGUCGUACUCGACCCGGUGGAGCUGUGCCGGCAGCUGGAGGAGGCGCGCUCCAUCCUGGGCGAGAUCACCAACAAGACGACGUGGACGCAGGUGUACCAGGCGCUGUUCCCGCCGACGCCCAGCCCACCGCCGGGCAAUGUCAGCGACGUCCUGGUGGGCAGAAGGCUGGUCAACUGCACACCGGUGCCCGACGCAGCGUUCACGCCGUGCGACAACCUGAUGACCUGGGUGUGGCUGCGCGUGCUGGUCUGGUGCGUGUUCAUCUUCGGCUUCGUCGUCAACCUGUUCGUCUUCCUGGUCAUCGCUUUCAGCACCAAGCGCUGGGACACGUACCGCGAGCUCACGCUGCACCUGGUGAUCGGCGACCUGUGCAUCGCUCUCUUCCUGGGCGUGCUGGCCGCUGCCGACCUGUCCACCAAGGACGAUUACGCGCAGCAGGCGCUCGGCUGGCAGAAGAGCGCCGGCUGCAAGGUGGCCGGCUUCAUGUCCGUCGUCGGCUCGCAGGUCAUCAUGACCACGCUGAUCGUCAUCACCUGCGAGCGCUUCUUCAAAAUCACGCAGCACCGCAAGCUCAAGCUGCAGUACGUGCGCCUGCUGCUCUACCUGGGCUGGCUGUAUGCCGUAGCGUCGGCCACCCUGCCACUGUUCGGCUUCAGCGACUACUCCACCGUGGCGACGUGCAUGCCGUUUGAGGCCUCCUCUCUGCGGAGCGAGGUGUUCCUGAGCUUAGUGCUGUCACUGAACGUCAUCAUGUGCAUCGUCAUCGUGGUGUUGUAUACGAAAGUCACCGUCUCCACGUACCUGAACAGCCGGCGGUUCUUCACGCACACGCGCAACAAGCAGUUCCAGGAGCACCAGUUCCGCACGCUGAAGCGCAGCGCACCGCUGGUGCUGAGCACGCUGACCUGCGUCAUCCCCAUCGCCGUCAUCGGCCUCAUGUCCGUCUUCCAGCAGGCGGCGCAGAUCGACAACCGCUGGUCCAAGGUCGUGCUCGUCAUCAUCUACCCCAUCAACUGCCUGGCCAAUCCGAUACUCUACGGCUUUGGCCGCAAGUCCAUGUUCUACGACCACAUGUUCGAUUUCCUGCACCGGCGACUGGGCUUGUGCGGGAAGAAGUUCCACCACCGGCGCUCCAUGGUCUUCUUCCACAGCCCGAGCAACAGCCGGCGCGGCAGCAUCGACAGCACCACCAGCAGCAUGUCGGCACUGCGCCGCGGUCUCAGCAUGCCCAUGGCCAUGAUAACACCGCGCACCGCCGGCCUCCCGGCACCGUUCCGACGCUCGUCCUCCGACAGUGCCAUACAGCCGCACAGCGCGGCCAUAGCUGCACUCCGCGGCGGUCCAGUCCCCGGCCACGGUGCAAGGACACCGGAUCGCGAUAGUGCCUACAGUAGCAGCAGCGGCAACUCAGACCGGCUGGGGCGCUGCUUCCCGUGCAUAGCGUCACGUGAGCGUCGGCGCUCUACGCGCGAGGAGACGGACCUGGCCGAGCAGUUUGCCAUGCAGUUCGCCGCCUCCAUGUACGGCGGGGGCGCCCGGCCGUCCACCGACACGCAGCUGACCACGGUGACCAGCCGCAGCGCGCUGCACUACCACAGCAGCACGGGCAGCGCCAGCAGUGACCAGGAGGAGAAUGGUGACGUGGGCCAUGCCGCUCCCAGUGCUGGUGGUGGUCAUGAGUUUGGACGUCAGCUCUCGAGUCCGCCGGUGGAACGGCUGCCUGUCGUAAAAGAGUACGAAGGGUACGUGGUCGAUCCAACAGUGCAGCAGAUUGAAUCUAGCUUAUAGCACAUGCAACUACUAGAGAGUUUAUUGACAAGGCUAGCUGUUAGUAUCGUUAUUGUCACUAGGCUGUGCUUGACCCAAUUAGAAGCUUUUGUUCACUUUUCCCUUUGCCUUUCCCUGAAUUGCGGCCUAGUCUACAGGAGUAGUAGUGCAGGUACCGACGCUUCUGCUUCAAGUCAAUUGAGCCGAUCUAUCACCUAUCGCUUAUCGCAAACUAGUAUUGUUUGUCCCUUCCUGUCCUCUAUAAGACCAUGAUUUAUAUCCGUUACGUUGAUGCGCCGAUAAACGAUUCCUGGCAACAGAUAGGCGACCCUGCCCUGCAUAUAUUUUCGAACAGAGUGUUCUUGAGAGAUAGCGAAUGGAUGUAAUCUAAAGACUAUUGACUAUCUAAUAGAACUAUAUCUGUAAGCGCGGAUGCUAAGAUCCGGGGCUAUCGGCGGACUAGCACACCUAGGAAUGAUAGCGUGGAUUGCGCAACUCUUAGGUAACAGCCGCUGUACAAUGCGCCCAUGGACGCACUGGCCGCGAAGUGCUCGCGCUCCCCAGUUUUCUCUCAAUUAUCUCUGAUUCUUCUGCACUGUUGGUGCAAAGAGCAAUCCCUUUCCUCGCCGUACACCCAUUCUAUUUCCCUUGAUAUCAACCUGACAUCUGCAUAGUAUAAUUAUGAGAGAAAUAUGUUUUUGUACAUGUAUUUACAGAAAAUCUUACAUCACUAUUUUACCUUCACUAUUGAGGAGAAAUAUUUUUUUCGAAUGGAACUACAAUGUUGAGAGAGCUCAAUGAAAAAAUUAGAUUGCUUUUUUUUU